AUACAGAAGAACGUUUCUGUCAUCUGUCAACAGAAUCAUACAAAAUCGGAAAUAUCCUUAUGAGAAACUGAAAUAGGUUAACCCACACACAAAUGAGAUAAUUUUGUAUAUUUUAUAAUCUUUUUAAGUUAACUGAAAGUAUAUUUCUAAAGAUUUAGAAAUGGAAGGUGACAAUAUAAAUGAUGGAAAAAAAUCAAAUGCCGGAAUUCCGGAAGCAGAGUUUGUGGAUGAUGUAGAUAUGUACAUGGGGAAAUCAGAAAAUGGAGGAAACGCUGAAAAGGUGCUAAAGCGGUUGGACGAAUUGCAUUGUAAAUAUAAGUAUAUGGAAUUUCACUUGCUGGCAAAGAAAAGACGACUACAAUCUCAAAUACCAGAUUUGAAACGUUCCCUAAAUAUGAUCGAGAAACUGAGACAUGAAACAGAAGAGUUUGAAACUGAAUUCUUGUUGAGUGACCAAGUUUUCGCUAAGGCAGUUGUUACACCAACGAAUACAGUGUGUUUAUGGCUCGGUGCAAAUGUGAUGUUAGAAUAUAGUUUAGAUGAUGCAGAAACAUUAUUAACUAAAAACAUAGCGACUGCAACCAAUAGUUUAGAACAGGUCGAGCAAGAUGUCGAUUUUCUAAGGGAUCAGUGCACUACAACCGAAGUGAAUAUGGCAAGAGUCUUUAAUUGGGAUGUUAAACGUCGUCAAGCAGCAAAAAAUAAAUAAAAUUUUGUUUCCGCACAUACCUGCUCUUAACACUCAACUAACUCGAGAUUUUGAAGAGUUUUGUUUCUCAUUUAAAAAUACUAAAUUAUUUAAUGUAAUUAGCUUAUUGCGUUGUUUUCAUAUAUGUAUAGCUAAUUGAAGAUAAUUGUGUAAUUAACAGAAAUACUGUUUUAAAUAUUACUUGUACUAUGUUGUA